UGAAGCUGAAUUCGAUCAUGUGACUUUUUUAAAGCAGUGCGAAGCGUUACUGAAAAUUGUGUUGCGUAGGCUACUUGAUACAUGAGUUUCAUACGUUUCAUGAAAAUACAUGUCAGAUCGUCUUUAAUGUGGCUUCAUAUUUGUGAAGAGUGUGAAAAGUGUAGCCUAUCUUAUGUCUUCAGUGAUAUCAUGUAAUUCCUGUUCUUGACACAUGGGUUCCCAUGACAUUUCAAGUGGAACAAGGAAAUAUGAAACUAUCACUGACAGGAAUCAGGAACAAAACAGAUCCACCUUCAACACAUCAGGGAAGAGGCUAUCUCGCAGUCUGGACAGUAAAAUAUAUACAAUUACUCAUAAGCAAACAUGCGGAGGUGAACGUUCACUUCCUCUUGAAUCAUCGAUGCAGUCGACCAGAACCGACAGUUGAAGGUUGAAGCAGCAUGUCUCUGACAGUGUCUCAGGGUGAGGGAAUGACGGUCAUCACCGUCAUCUCAAACCCAAAGAGCAGAUGGCCCGUACUGUGUCAGAUUCUGGGUUCUCUAUGCUAUGGUCCAGUGUGUUUUGCAUCUCAGGAAAUGGAAGAGAAGCUGACAGAUACCCAGAGAGUUAUUGGGAUUGUACAGAUAGUAGUUGCAGUCAUGAAUCUUGUGUUGGGAUGUUUUGGCAUCAUCUUCUUUUUUGUUACCACUUCGGCCAACAGUAUUGUGUUGUCGGUUUUUCAGCUCUGUGUGGCUAUCAGUUUCUGUGUUUUAACCAUAAAAUCUUUGUGCAAGAAGGGUGGGAGUGCAAAGUUGGUGGAAAACACAACUUCAGAAUCUAGAAGUGGGAAAAGCCAAUAUUCACUUCCGUUUGGUCACAGUUGUAGCAUGACUCUUGCAUUGAAUCAGGAUUUGGAAGAUAAACUGACAGACACUCACACAGCACUUGGGACUGUACAGAUAAUGGUUGGUGUCAUGAAUAUCACAGUGGGGUUUUUUGGCUUCGUCUUUGCUUAUUGGAUCGGCAGUGUGUUCCUUGUUGUUGGAAUUAUGUGUGUUCUUGCAGUGAUGUUUCCCCAUCCCAGGCUGCUGGUCAUCACAGUGGCUCUGAAUGUAGUCAGUGCUGCACUAGCUAUCACAGCUGCUGUGCUGUAUUCAAUAGACCUGGCAAUGGGAAGCAGUUUAAGCUGUUACAGAGAACAUUAUUAUUAUUCAUCUAAUAAUGACUGGCCUGCCCAUAAAAAGAGUAACUUUGAGUCCUGUUUUUACUACAAAAAUCUCAGUCAGAUGAUGCUCGGAGGACUAGAUAUCAUGAUGAUAGUGCUGUCGGUCCUUCAGCUCUGUGUGACCAUCAGUUUCUGUGUUUUGACUGGAAAAGCUUUGUGCAAGAAGGAUGAAGAUGCAAAGUCGGUGGAGGAUCCAGAACUUCACAAGCCGCUCCUGGAAGAUGACACUGCUGGUGCUGCAUGACAAGAUGAACACUUGCAUACAUAUUUUUGUUUGAAUACACUUUCUUUGUUCUGGUAAUGGAAAGUGCAAUGAUGCCAUCUGCAACACCACAGACAUGAAGGUGCAUAAUUUCCAUGUAGUCUUUUCACAAAUGAUUUCAAAAACUUUUUUUUUAAUGAAUUAAAAGCACCCCUCAGCUCUGCA